GAGCGCUACAAGAGCCGGGACCCGCCCGGGCGCGGCCACUCCGCACGGACCCGCCGGGGCCGCUCCGGGACCGGCACCGGCACCGGCACCGCCAGGACCCGGCACCGGCAUGGCCCGGCCCGGCCGCUGAGCCCGCAGGCUGGGAGGUGACCCCGGAGCCGCCGCGAGGUUCCUGAGCGAGGGCCGAGGAUUCCUGGGGACCCCACAAAGAUGGAGCGCGAGGGGGACACGCGCGAGGUGCUGCUGCCGGGCUGGCGCGGCGGCGGCUCCCACGGCAUCACCAUCGCCCAGACCGACGACGGCGUCUUCGUGCGGCGCGUGCAGCAGGGCUCGCCGGCCGCCCGCACCGGCGUCGUCAGGGAAGGGGAUCAGAUCGUCAGCGCCACCGUCUACUUCGACAAACUCCCGCCGGCGGAGGCGGCGCAGCUGCUGCAGAGCAUGGGGCAGCACACGCUGGCGCUGCGGCUGCAGCGGCGCGGCCACGGCGGGGACAGCGCCGGACACGGCACCGGACACGGCCCCGACAGCGCCGGACACGGCCCCGAGCUGGUGCUGAGUGGCGAUGACGAGGAGUACCAGCGCAUCUACACCACCAAGAUCAAACCGCGGCUCCGCUCCGAGGAAGGCCCCGAGGCCGAGGCCGGCGCCACGCAGAGCCGAACCAUCACCGUCACCCGCAAGGUCACCGCCUACACCGUGGACGUCACCAGCCACGAUGGCGACCUCGGCGUCACCGGCGGCGCCGACUGCAACGUCCGAGUCCCCGUGCCCGAGCUCAGCGCCGACAUCCGGGCGGGGCCGGGGGCGGCGGAGCCCCAGAGCCAAAUUCCUGGUGGAGAAACUGGAAAAUCCCUCCCGGGCUGGAAGGGCUCCGGCGCCUUCCCGGGGCCGCCCCGCGUCGAGGCCAACGGACAGUUUGGAGAGCUGGACGGGCGAGUCCACGUGUCCGGCGGGGCUCCGUGGCCGCAGGGAGAGGCCGCCGGCUCCCCGCCGCCCGUGGACGGGGGGAAGAUCAAGAUCCCGGCGUUGAAAAUCCCCAAAUUCGGGUUCCAGGCCGGCGGCGAGGCCGCGGUGGGCGCGGGCAUGGACGUCACCUGCUCCCCGUCCAUGGACGCGGCCACGGUCAAAGGUGCCACCACCGUCCCCUCCCCUCCUGCGGACGUCCCCAGCGUGGAGGCCCCGGACGGCGCCAAGGGCAAGGUCAAAAUCCCGCACUUGUCCUUCCCCAAGUUCACCGCGCAGGGCGCCGGCGCCGCCGAGGGCCCCGGGGCGGCCCUGGAGGGGGAAUGGAAGGGCCCCACCUUCAAGAGGGUGGAGACGCCCCAAAUUUCACUGUCGGACGUGGACCUGGCCCUGCGGGGCCCCCGGGUGGAAGGGGAGCUCAAAGGACUCGGCCCCAAGGCGGGAGCGGCCGGUGCCGGCGUGGAGAUGGACGUUGGCGUGAAGGGGCCGAAGGGAGGAGUGGACGUGUCCGUGCCGGCCGUGGGGGCCGAACUGAGGGGGCCUCAACUGGACCUUAAAGGGCCCCAGGCGGGGGUGGAGGUUCCCGGAGUGGACAUCAAGGGCCCCGCGGUGACCGUGCCCGAGGGGAGCAUCGGGAGCCCCCAGAUCUCCGUGCCCGGCGUCGACCUGAGCCUCAAGGGGCCCACAGCGAAGGGAAAUCUGGAUGUUUCUGCCCCAAAACUGGAAGGGGAGCUGAAGGGCCCCGGACUGGACAUCAAAGGCCCCAAGGUCGAGGUUGGGAGCCCAGAAAUGGAGAUCCAGGGGCCCGAGGGGAAGCUGAAGUUCCCCAAGCUGAAAAUGCCCAAAUUCGGGGUGAAGGGAGAGAGCCCCAGCGUCGACGUGACCCUGCCCACGGCGGGGGUGGACGUCUCUGGCCCCAAGGUGGACGUCAGCGUCCCAAGCGUGGACAUCAAGGGCCCCAAAGUGGACGUUGAAGCACCUGAAGUGGACAUCCACGGCCCUGAGGGAAAAUUCAAGAUGCCCAAGUUCAAAAUGCCCAAAUUUGGGAUGCCCGGGGUCAAGGCAGAGGGUCCCGAGGUGGACGUGACCCUCCCGACAGGAAACCUGGAUGUGUCCGGCCCCAAGGUGGACAUUGAGGCGCCAAGUUUGGACGUCCAGGGGCCCGAAAUGCACCUCAAGGCCCCCAAAGUCUCCGUGCCGGACAUCGGCGUGACCCUGAACGGUGCCAAGGCCAGCGGCGACCUGGACGUGUCCGUGCCGGGUCUGAAGGGCCCCGAGCUGGACAUCAAAGGCCCCAGAGUCGAGGUGGAAGCGCCGGAUUUGGACGUCCAAGGGCCCGAGGGGAAGCUGAAAUUCCCCAAGCUGAAAAUGCCCAAAUUUGGGGUGAAGGGAGAGAGCCCCGAGCUCGAGGUGACCCUGCCCAAGGGCAGAGUGGACGUUUCGGGCCCCGGCGUCGCCGUCGAGGUCCCCGGCGUGGACCUGAAGGGCCCCAAGGUGAAGGUGCCUGAGGUGGGCAUCAAAACCCCCCAGAUCUCCAUGCCCGACAUCGACCUCAACCUCAGAGGGCCCAAAGUCAAGGCGGAUUUGGACGUUUCCACCCCAAAACUGGAAGGGGAGCUGAAAACCCCCGGGCUGGACGUCAAAGGCCCCAAAGUCGAGGUGGAAGCGCCGGAUUUGGACGUCCAAGGGCCCGAGGGGAAGCUGAAAUUCCCCAAGCUGAAAAUGCCCAAAUUCGGGGUGAAGGGAGAGAGCCCCGAGGUGGAGGUGACGCUGCCGAAGGGGCAGGUGGACAUUCCCGCUCCCAGGGUGGACGUGGACGUCCCGAGCGUGGACCUGGAGGGGCCGGAGGUCAAAGGGAAGGGCCUCAAGUUCAAAAUGCCCGAACUCAACGUUCAGACCCCAAAACUCUCCAUGCCCGACGUGGACCUGGGCCUGAAGGCCCCGAAACUCAAAGGGGACGCCGGGCUGGAAGGCCCCAAAAUCGACGUGAAAGGCCCCAAAAUCGACGUGAAAGGCCCCAAAAUCGACAUGAAGGGCCCCAAAGUGGACGUGGAAGGUGCCAAGCUGGAUGUGGAAGGUCCCAAGUUGGACGUUGACGUGCCCGAGGUGGAUUUAGAAUGUCCGGAAGGGAAGGUGAAAGGCCCCAAGUUCAAGAUGCCAAAACUCAACAUCAAAUCCCCCAAGAUCUCGAUGCCGGACGUGGAUUUGAACCUGAAGGGACCCAAAGUGAAGGGAGAUGUGGACGUGUCCCUCCCCAAGGUGGAAGGGGAGUUGAAAGCACCAGAAGUGGACGUUAAAGGGCCGAAGGUGGACGUUGAGGUGCCCGGAGUGGAUUUGGAGUGUCCCGAGGGGAAGAUCAAAGGCCCCAAGUUCAAGAUGCCCGAGAUGCACAUCAAGACCCAGAAGAUCUCCAUGCCCGACGUGGACAUCAAACUGAAGGGCCCCAAGGUCAAGGGUGACGUGGACGUGUCCCUUCCAAAGCUUGAGGGUGACCUCAAGGGCCCUGAACUGGACAUCAAAGGGCCCAAAGUGGACAUUGAGGCACCCGACGUCGACAUUCACGGCCCUGAGGGAAAAUUCAAAAUGCCCAAGUUCAAAAUGCCCAAAUUUGGGAUGCCCGGGGUCAAGGCAGAGGGUCCUGAGGUGGACGUGAACCUCCCGACAGGAAACCUGGACGUGUCCGGCCCCAAGGUGGACAUUGAAGGUCCAGAGGUGGACGUGGAGCUGCCCGAGGGGAAGGUGAAGGGCCCCAAGUUCAAGAUGCCCGAGAUGCAUUUUAAGACCCCCAAGAUCUCCAUGCCCGACAUUGACCUGAACCUGAAGGGCCCCAAAUUGAAGGGAGAUGUCGACGUCUCUGUCCCCAAACUGGAAGGGGACCUGAAAGCCCCAGACAUCGACAUCAAAGGGCCCAAAGUGGACAUUGAGGCACCCGACGUCGACAUUCACGGCCCUGAGGGAAAAUUCAAGAUGCCCAAGUUCAAGAUGCCCAAAUUUGGGCUGAAGGGAGAAGGUCCCGAGGUGGACGUGAACCUGCCAAAGGGAGAGCUGGACGUGUCCGGCCCCAAGGUGGACGUGGAGAUGCCGAGUGUGGACAUCGAGGGCCCAGAGGGGAAGAUCAAAGGCCCCAAGUUCAAGAUGCCUGAGAUGAACAUCAAGGCCCCCAAGAUCUCCAUGCCCGACAUCGACCUCAACCUGAAGGGCCCCAAGGUCAAGGGGGGUGUGGACGUCUCCGUGCCCAAACUGGAGGGUGACCUGAAAGGUCCGGAGGUGAACAUUAAAGGUCCGAAGGUGGAUGUGGACGUUCCUGGCGUGGACGUUGAAGGUCCCGAGGGGAAGUGGAAGGGACCCAAGAUGAAGAUGCCCGAGAUGAACAUCAAGGCACCGAAAUUUUCCCUGCCUGAUGUCGACCUGAACCUGAAAGGUCCCAAGCUGAAGGGAGAGGUGGGCGUGUCUGCCCCAAAAAUAGAAGGUGACGUGAAAGUGCCAGAUGUGGAGGUGAAAGGACCCAAAGUGGACGUGGAUGUCCCCGACAUCGACCUGGAGUGUCCCGAGGGGAAGAUCAAAGGCCCCAAGUUCAAGAUGCCCGAGAUGCACUUCAAGGCCCCCAAGAUCUCCAUGCCCGACUUCGAUCUCAACCUGAAGGGCCCCAAAGUGAAGGGGGACGUGGAUGUGUCCGUCCCGAAGAUCGAGGGAGAUUUGAAGGCCCCGGACGUCGACAUCAAAGGCCCCAAGGUCAACGUGGAGCUCCCUGACGUCGACCUGGAGUGCCCUGAAGCGAAGCUGAAGGGCCCCAAGUUCAAGAUGCCCGAGAUGCAUUUCAAAACCCCCAAAAUCUCCAUGCCCGACAUCGACCUGAACCUGAAAGGCCCAAAACUGAAGGGGGACGUUGACGUUUCCGCCCCCAAGCUGGAAGGGGACCUGAAGGGCCCAGAUGUGGACAUCAAAGGUCCCAAGAUGGACAUCGAAGCUCCUGAUGUGGACAUUGACCUCCCUGAGGGGAAGGUGAAGGGUCCCAAGUUCAAGAUGCCCGAGAUGCAUUUUAAGGCCCCCAAAAUCUCCAUGCCCGACUUCGACCUCAAUCUCAAGGGCCCCAAAGUCAAGGGCGACGUCGAUGUGUCCCUGCCCAAGCUCGAGGGAGACCUGAAAGGGCCGGAGGUGUCGCUGAAAGGUCCAAAAGUCGACGUGGAGGUUCCUGACGUGGACCUGGAGUGCCCCGAGGGGAAGAUCAAAGGCCCCAAGUUCAAGAUGCCUGAGAUGCACAUCAAGGCCCCCAAGAUCUCCAUGCCCGACUUCGAUCUCAACCUGAAGGGCCCCAAAGUGAAGGGAGAUGUCGACGUCUCUGUCCCCAAGAUGGAAGGUGACCUCAAGGGCCCUGAACUGGACAUCAAAGGCCCCAAAGUUGAUGUGGACCUCCCUGAUGUGGAGCUGGAGUGUCCUGAGGGGAAGGUGAAGGGCCCCAAGUUCAAGAUGCCCGAGAUGCAUUUUAAGACCCCCAAGAUCUCCAUGCCCGACAUUGACCUGAACCUGAAGGGGCCCAAAUUGAAGGGAGAUGUCGACGUCUCUGUCCCCAAACUGGAAGGUGACCUGAAGGCCCCAGACAUCGACAUCAAAGGCCCCAAAGUCGAUGUGGAUCUUCCCGAUGUUGAGUUGGAAGGACCCGAGGGGAAGAUCAAAGGCCCCAAGUUCAAGAUGCCCGAGAUGCACAUCAAGGCCCCCAAGAUCUCCAUGCCCGACUUCGAUCUCAACCUGAAGGGCCCCAAGGUCAAAGGUGACAUCGACGUCUCUGUCCCCAAGCUGGAGGGUGACCUCAAGGGUCCUGAACUGGACAUCAAAGGCCCCAAAGUGGACAUUGAGGCACCCGACGUCGACAUUCACGGCCCUGAGGGAAAAUUCAAGAUGCCCAAGUUCAAGAUGCCCAAAUUUGGGAUGAAGGGAGAAGGCCCCGAGGUGGACGUGAACCUGCCAAAGGGAGAGCUGGACGUGUCCGGCCCCAAGGUGGACAUUGAAGGUCCAGAGGUGGACGUGGAGCUGCCCGAGGGGAAGGUGAAGGGCCCCAAGUUCAAGAUGCCCGAGAUGCAUUUUAAGACCCCCAAGAUCUCCAUGCCCGACAUUGACCUGAACCUGAAGGGCCCCAAAUUGAAGGGAGAUGUCGACGUCUCUGUCCCCAAACUGGAAGGGGACCUGAAGGCCCCAGACAUCGACAUCAAAGGCCCCAAAGUCAAUGUGGAUCUCCCCGACGUGGAGCUGGAAGGACCCGAGGGGAAGAUCAAAGGCCCCAAGUUCAAAAUGCCCGAGAUGCACAUCAAGGCCCCCAAGAUCUCCAUGCCUGACGUUGACUUCAGCCUGAAGGGCCCCAAGGUCAAGGGUGACAUCGAUGUCUCUGUCCCCAAGCUUGAAGGUGACCUGAAGGGUCCUGAACUGGAUAUCAAAGGCCCCAAAGUUGAUGUUGAUGUGCCCAACAUUGAUAUUCAUGGCCCAGAAGGGAAAAUAAAAUUCCCCAAGUUCAAGAUGCCCAAAUUUGGGAUGCCCGGGGUCAAGGCAGAAGGUCCCGAGGUGGACGUGAACCUGCCAAAGGGAGAGCUGGAUGUGUCCGGCCCCAAGGUGGACAUUGAAGGUCCAGAGGUGGACGUGGAGCUGCCCGAGGGGAAGAUCAAAGGCCCCAAGUUCAAGAUGCCCGAGAUGCACAUCAAGGCCCCCAAGAUCUCCAUGCCCGAUGUCGACUUCAGCCUGAAGGGCCCCAAGGUCAAGGGAGAUGUCGAUGUCUCUGUUCCAAAGCUUGAGGGAGAUCUCAAGGCCCCGGAUAUCGACAUCAAAGGCCCCAAGGUCGCUGUGGAUCUCCCCGACGUGGAGCUGGAAGGGCCUGAGGGGAAGAUCAAAGGCCCCAAGUUCAAGAUGCCCGAGAUGCAUUUUAAGACCCCCAAGAUCUCCAUGCCUGACAUUGACCUGAACCUGAAGGGCCCCAAAUUGAAGGGAGAUGUCGACGUCUCUGUCCCCAAACUGGAAGGGGACCUGAAAGCCCCAGACAUCGACAUCAAAGGCCCAAAAGUCGAUGUGGAUCUCCCCGAUGUUGAGUUGGAAGCACCCGAGGGGAAGAUCAAAGGCCCCAAGUUCAAGAUGCCCGAGAUGCACAUCAAGGCCCCCAAGAUCUCCAUGCCCGAUGUCGACUUCAGCCUGAAGGGCCCCAAGGUCAAGGGGGACAUCGAUGUCUCUGUCCCCAAGCUUGAAGGUGACCUCAAGGGCCCUGAACUGGACAUCAAAGGCCCCAAAGUGGACAUUGAGGCACCCGACGUCGACAUUCACGGCCCUGAAGGGAAAAUAAAAUUCCCCAAGUUCAAAAUGCCCAAAUUUGGGAUGCCCGGGGUCAAGGCAGAGGGCCCCGAGGUGGACGUGAACCUCCCGACAGGAAACCUGGACGUGUCCGGCCCCAAGGUGGACAUUGAAGGUCCAGAGGUGGACGUGGAGCUGCCCGAGGGGAAGGUGAAGGGCCCCAAGUUCAAGAUGCCCGAGAUGCACAUCAAGGCCCCCAAGAUCUCCAUGCCUGAUGUUGACUUCAACCUCAAAGGCCCCAAAUUGAAGGGAGACGUCGAUGUUUCCCUUCCAAAGCUUGAGGGUGACCUGAAAGGCCCCGAAUUGGACAUCAAAGGCCCCAAAGUCGAUGUGGAUCUCUCCGAUGUGGAGCUGGAGGGGCCUGAGGGGAAGAUCAAAGGCCCCAAGUUCAAGAUGCCCGAGAUGCACAUCAAGGCCCCCAAGAUCUCCAUGCCCGACGUUGACUUCAGCCUGAAGGGCCCCAAGGUCAAGGGUGACAUGGAUGUCUCUGUCCCCAAGCUGGAGGGUGACCUCAAGGGCCCUGAACUGGACAUUAAGGGUCCCAAAGUGGACAUUGAGGCGCCCGACGUCGACAUUCACGGCCCUGAAGGGAAACUCAAAAUGCCCAAGUUCAAGAUGCCCAAAUUCGGAUUUUCCGGGCCAAAAGUGGAAGGCCCCGAGGUGGACGUGAACCUCCCCGAGGCCGAGCUCAACAUCUCAGGUCCCAAGGUCGACGUUUCUGUCCCCGAGCUGGACCUUGAGGGCCCCGAAGGGAAAGUGAAGGGCCCCAAGUUCAAGAAGCCGGAGCUGCAGUUCAACGUCCCCAAGAUCUCCAUGCCCGACAUCGACCUCAACCUGAAGGGCCCCAAGCUGAAAGGCGACCUCGACGCGUCUCUUCCCAAGGUCGAGGGCGAGCUGAAAGGACCCAAACUGGACAUCAAGGGGCCGGAGCUUGAGCUGGAAGGGCCCAAGGUUGACCUUGAAGGAAAAGGUAAAAAAUCCAGGUUUAAACUGCCCAAGUUCGGCUUUUCUGGCCCAAAGGUUCAAAGCCCUGAGGUGGAUGUGAAGCUGAAAAAGCCUGAGGUGGAACUGUCCGGCCCGAAAGUCGAGGUCCAGGCUCCGGAGCUGGACGUCCAGGGAAAAGCCAAGGGCUCCAAGUUCAAAAUGCCUUUUCUGAACAUUUCUUCACCCAAAGUCUCGAUGCCGGAUGUGGAGCUGAACCUGAAGGGGCACAAAAUGAAGGGGGAGUUCGACCUGUCCACGCCCAAGCUGGAAGGGGAGCUGAAAGGUCCUGAGGUGGACAUCAAAGGCCCCAAGGUGAACAUCGACACCCCCGACAUCGACGUCCACGGCCCAGAGGGGAAAAUCAAAAUGCCCAAGUUCAAGAUGCCCAAGUUUGGGCUGAAGGGAGAAGGCCCCGAGGUGGACGUGAACCUGCCAAAGGGAGAACUGGACGUGUCCGGCCCCAAGGUGGACAUUGAAGGUCCAGAGGUGGACAUCGAGGGCCCAGAGGGGAAGAUCAAAGGCCCCAAGUUCAAGAUGCCUGAGAUGAACAUCAAAGCCCCCAAGAUCUCCAUGCCUGACAUCGACCUCAACCUGAAGGGCCCCAAAGUGAAGGGGGACGUGGACGUGUCCCUGCCCAAGGUGGACGUGGAAGUUCCCGACAUCGACGUUGAGGGUCCGAAAGGGAAAAUCAAAGGCCCCAAAUUUAAAAUGCCCGAGAUGAACAUCAAAGCUCCAAACCUCUCCAUGCCGGAGCUGGACCUCAACCUGAAAGGACCCAAGGUCAAAGGGGGCGUGGACGUCGAUCUGUCCACGCCAAAACUGGAAGGGGACCUGAGCUUGCCGGACGUCGACAUCAAAGGCCCCAAAAUGGACAUUGAAGGUCCGGAGGUGGACAUUGAGGGUCCUGAAGGAAAAUUGAAAGGCCCCAAGUUCAAGAUGCCCGAGAUGCACAUCAAGGCCCCCAAGAUCUCCAUGCCCGACUUCGAUCUCAACCUGAAGGGCCCCAAAGUGAAGGGGGACAUCGAUGUUUCUGCUCCAACGCUGGAAGGUGACCUGCAGGGCCCUGACAUUGACCUGAAGGGCCCCAAAGUGGACAUUGAGGCACCCGACGUCGACAUUCACGGCCCGGAGGGAAAAUUCAAGAUGCCCAAGUUCAAGAUGCCCAAAUUUGGGCUGAAGGGAGAAGGCCCCGAGGUGGACGUGAACCUGCCAAAGGGAGAGCUGGACGUGUCCGGCCCCAAGGUGGACAUUGAAGGUCCAGAGGUGGACGUGGAGCUGCCCGAGGGGAAGAUCAAAGGCCCCAAGUUCAAGAUGCCCGAGAUGCAUUUUAAGACCCCCAAGAUCUCCAUGCCCGACAUUGACCUGAACCUGAAGGGCCCCAAAUUGAAGGGAGAUGUUGACGUCUCUGUCCCCAAACUGGAAGGGGACCUGAAAGCCCCAGACAUUGACAUCAAAGGGCCCAAAGUCGAUGUGGAUCUCCCCGACGUGGAGCUGGAAGGACCCGAGGGGAAGAUCAAAGGCCCCAAGUUCAAGAUGCCCGAGAUGCAUUUUAAGACCCCCAAAAUCUCCAUGCCCGACUUCGAUUUGAACCUGAAGGGCCCCAAAGUGAAGGGAGAUGUGGACAUGUCCCUGCCAAGCGUGGAAGGGGACCUGAAAGGGCCCAAGGUGGACGUGAAAGGGCCCGAAUUCGAUGUUUCUGCCCCAGAUGUUCAAAUCGAGGGCCCAGAAGGGAAGAUCAAAGGCCCCAAGUUCAAGAUGCCCGAGAUGCACAUCAAGGCCCCCAAGAUCUCCAUGCCCGACUUCGAUCUCAACCUGAAGGGCCCCAAAGUGAAGGGAGAUGUCGAUGUUUCCCUUCCCAAAGUAGAAGGUGACCUGAAGGGCCCUGAACUGGACAUCAAAGGCCCCAAAGUCGAUGUGGAUCUCCCCGAUGUUGAGUUGGAAGGACCCGAGGGGAAGAUCAAAGGCCCCAAGUUCAAGAUGCCCGAGAUGCACAUCAAGGCCCCCAAGAUCUCCAUGCCCGACUUCGAUCUCAACCUGAAGGGUCCCAAAGUGAAGGGGGACAUCGAUGUCUCUGUCCCCAAACUGGAAGGUGACCUGAAAGCCCCAGACAUCGACAUCAAAGGGCCCAAAGUGGACAUUGAGGCACCCGACGUCGACAUUCACGGCCCUGAGGGAAAAUUCAAGAUGCCCAAGUUCAAGAUGCCCAAAUUUGGGAUGAAGGGAGAAGGUCCCGAGGUGGACGUGAACCUGCCAAAGGGAGAGCUGGAUGUGUCCGGCCCCAAGGUGGACAUUGAAGGUCCAGAGGUGGACGUGGAGCUGCCCGAGGGGAAGAUCAAAGGCCCCAAGUUCAAGAUGCCCGAGAUGCAUUUUAAGACUCCCAAGAUCUCCAUGCCCGACAUUGACCUGAACCUGAAGGGCCCCAAAUUGAAGGGAGAUGUUGACGUCUCUGUCCCCAAACUGGAAGGGGACCUGAAGGCCCCAGACAUCGACAUCAAAGGCCCCAAAGUCGAUGUGGAUCUUCCCGAUGUUGAGUUGGAAGGACCCGAGGGGAAGAUCAAAGGCCCCAAGUUCAAGAUGCCCGAGAUGCACAUCAAGGCCCCCAAGAUCUCCAUGCCUGACAUGGACAUCAACCUGAAGGGCCCCAAAGUGAAGGGUGACAUUGAUGUUUCUGUACCCAAGCUGCAGGGUGACCUCAAAGGUCCUGAACUGGACAUCAAAGGGCCCAAAGUGGACAUUGAGGCACCCGACGUCGACAUUCACGGCCCUGAGGGAAAAUUCAAGAUGCCCAAGUUCAAGAUGCCCAAAUUUGGGAUGAAGGGAGAAGGCCCCGAGGUGGACGUGAACCUGCCAAAGGGAGAGCUGGAUGUGUCCGGCCCCAAGGUGGACAUUGAAGGUCCGGAGGUGGACAUUGAGGGUCCUGAAGGGAAAUUGAAAGGCCCCAAGUUCAAGAUGCCCGAGAUGCACAUCAAGGCCCCCAAGAUCUCCAUGCCCGAUGUUGACUUCAGCCUGAAGGGCCCCAAGGUCAAAGGUGACGUGGACGUGUCCCUGCCCAGUGUGGAAGGGGAGCUGAAAGGUCCCGAGGUCAACGUCAGCGCCCCCGACGUCACCAUCGACAGCCCCGAGGGGAAAUUCAAACUGCCCAAGUUCAAGAUGCCCAAAUUCUCCAUGCCCGGGUUCAAGGGGGAGGGCGUGGACGUGGACCUGUCCCUCCCCAAGGGCGACGUGGCCGUUUCAGGCCCCAGCGUGGACGUGGAGGCUCCGGAGCUGAGCGUGGACGGGAAGGUCAAAGGUCCCAAAUUUUCCAUGCCCGAGAUGCACAUCAAGGCCCCCAAGAUCUCCAUGCCCGACAUUGACCUGAACCUGAAGGGCCCCAAAUUGAAGGGAGAUGUCGAUGUCUCAGUUCCAAAGCUUGAGGGUGACCUGAAAGGACCCGAAUUGGACAUCAAAGGCCCCAAAGUCGAUGUGGAUCUCCCCGAUGUUGAGUUGGAAGGACCCGAGGGGAAGCUCAAAGGCCCCAAGUUCAAGAUGCCCGAGAUGCACAUCAAGGCCCCCAAGAUCUCCAUGCCCGACGUCGACUUCAGCCUGAAGGGCCCCAAGGUCAAGGGUGACAUCGAUGUCUCUGUCCCCAAGCUUGAAGGUGACCUGAAGGGUCCUGAACUGGACAUCAAAGGCCCCAAAGUGGACAUUGAGGCACCCAACGUCGACAUUCACGGCCCUGAGGGAAAAUUCAAGAUGCCCAAGUUCAAGAUGCCCAAAUUUGGGAUGAAGGGAGAAGGCCCCGAGGUGGACGUGAACCUGCCAAAGGGAGAGCUGGACGUGUCCGGCCCCAAGGUGGACAUUGAAGGUCCAGAGGUGGACGUGGAGCUGCCCGAGGGGAAGAUCAAAGGCCCCAAGUUCAAGAUGCCUGAGAUGCACAUCAAGGCCCCCAAGAUCUCCAUGCCCGACGUCGACUUCAGCCUGAAGGGCCCCAAGGUCAAGGGGGACAUCGAUGUCUCUGUCCCCAAGCUGGAGGGUGACCUGCAGUGCCCAGAUGUCAACCUCAAGGGCCCCAAACUGGACAUUCAGGCGCCGGAUGUGACUCUGGAAGGGCCCAAGGUCAAGGUUCCCGAAAUUCACGUCAAGACCCCCCAGAUCUCCAUGCCCGACAUCGACCUGAACCUGAAGGGCCUGAAGGUCAAAGGUGACGCUGACCUGCAGGGCCCCGGGCUCGAGGGGGGGCUGAAGGGCCCCGAAUUCGACAUCAAAGGGCCCAAAGUUGACAUCAAAGGCCCCAAAGUCGAUGUCGAGGGCCCGGCGGUCGACGUUGAUGGUCUGGAGGGGAAAGUGAAGCUGCCCAAAAUGAAAAUGCCCAAAUUUGGCUUCAAAGGGGAGGGUCCUGACAUGGACGUGAACUUGCCGAAGGCUGAGGUGGAUCUGUCCGGCCCCAAGGUUGAUCUGAGCCUGCCAGAGGUGAACGUUGAAGGUCCAGAGGGCAAAGUGAAAGGUCCUAAACUGAAAAUGCCCGAAAUGCACAUGAACGUCCCCAAAAUCUCCAUGCCCGAGAUAGACUUGAACUUGAAAGGCCACAAAGCCAAGGGCAGCUUUGAUGUUUCCACCCCAAAGGUGGAAGGUCACCUGAAAGGGCCCGAGGUCAACCUGAAAGGCCCCGAAUUCGGGGUCAAAGGCCCCGAAGUUGAUGUUGAAUGUCCUGACCUGAGCAUUGAGGGCCCGGAGGCCAACGUCAAAGUUCCCAAGUUUAAAAAGUCCAAAUUCGGGUUUGGGAUGAAAAGUCCCAAGGCAGAGGUGGAGUUACCUGAGGCGGAGCUGAACCUGGAGUCACCUGAGGCCCACCUGUCCCCGAAGGGGAAGAAGAGCAAGUUCAAGAUGCCCAAAAUCCACAUGAGCGGCCCCAAGGUGAAGGGGAAGAAGGGGGCGUUCGACGUGAACGCGGCCGGGGCCGAGCUGGACGCGGAGCUCAACGUCACCGGCCCCGACGUCACCGCCAGGGGCGACGCCGCCGCCAAGUCCCCCAAGGGCAGGAAGCCCAUGUUCGGGAAGAUCUCCUUCCCCGACGUCGAGUUCGACCUCAAAUCGCACCGGUUCCGCGGGGAGGCCUCGGCGGGGGUCCCGAAAGUCGAGGGCGAUCUGGAGGCCAAGGUUGACCUCAAGGGCCCGAGCCUCGACGUGGACGUGGAAGGUCCCGACGUGAACCUGAAGAGCCCCAAAUUCAAACUCCCCGGGGUCCAGGUGGGCGCGGGGGAGGUGAAAAUCGGGGGGGACCUGAAGGGCCCCGGGGUCGACGUCGCCGUCCCCUCGGUGGCGGCGCCGGGCGUCGACAUCGGCGUGAAAGGACCAAAAGUGAAGGGCGAGGUCGGCGUCGGCGGAGCGCAACUGGAAGGUCCCGAGGGGAAACUGGGAUGGCCCCAAGGGGGGAAAACGGGUUUGGGGCUGGAAAUGCCGGAAGUGGACGUGAAGCUCAAAGGGCCCCAAAUCUCCGGACCUGAGUUGGAGGGGAACCUGAAAGGACCAAAAUUAAAGGGAGAUUUGGACAUUUCGGGCUCCACGGAAGGGCUUGGCCUGGACCUCGGCGGCCUGGGGGGGAAGGUGAAGCUGCCCACGGUGAAGUCCCCGACGCUGGAGGUCCAGGGGGGCGUCCCCUGCUCCGUCCAGUCCCCGGGGGCCACCCUGGACCUCAAGGGGCCCUCGCUGGACGUCCCUGGCCUGGAUUUGGAUGUCAACCUGAAAGGACCAAAGUUGAAAGGAGAUGUCGGCGCCAAAUCCCCCCAGGCGUCAGUGGACGACACCGGAUUCGAAAUUCUGGGGGGCACCAUCAAACUGCCGUCCCUGAAGCUGCCCCAGUUCGGCAUCUCCAGCCCCGGCGUGGACGGAGGGGAUGCGGGGGUCACUCUGGAGGGCCCCCAGGUCAAGGGGGGGCUGAAGGGCCCCGGUUUGGGGCUGGAAGGCCCCGAGGUGGAACUGAAAGGGCCGAAAUUCUCCGUGCCGGACGUUGACCUGAGGCUGAAAGGACCAAACGUGGACGUAGCCGGUGACAUCAAAAGGUCAAAGGUCAGCGUGGAAGCCCCCGGCAUCCACCUGGAGGCUCCGGCCCUGGAAGUGUCCGGCUCGGGAUUGAACAUCGGCGUGAAGGGGCCGAAGGUCAAGGGCGCGGCCGAGGUGACGCCGCCGUCGGUCAGUGCCGGUUCCGGAACCUUCCACGCCUCCGGCCCCAGGGCGGGCAUCGAGGGCGGCCAGGUCAGAGUGUCCUUCCCCAAGCUGCGGAUGCCGAAAUUCGUCUUCUCCGAGCCCGAGGCCAAGGGCCGCGAGGUCGGGGUGGACGUCGACUUCCCCGGCGCCGACACGGCCGAGCCGGAGCCGGACGAGGCCGAGGCGAGGCUGAAGAAAUCCAAGCUGAAGAUGCCCAAAUUCAACUUCUCCAAGCAGAAGGGGCGGGGCGGCGGCGGCGCCCCGGGGUCCCCCGAGGCGUCGGGGUCGGUGUCGGGCUCCAAGGGCGACCUGAAGAGCUCCAAGGCGAGCCUGGGCUCGGCCGAGGGCGAGGCGGAGGCCGAGGCGCCGGCGGCCAAGGCCAAGUUCUCGCUGUUCCGCAGCAAGAAGCCGCGGCCGCGCUCGUCGUCCUUCAGCGAUGACCACGCGGCCGAGCCGGACGCCGGCCGGCAGCCCAAGGGCAAGUUCGGGACCUUCGGGGGCAUCGGCUCCAAGGCCAAGGGGUGCUACGAGGUGACAGCUGGGGACGAGGACGGGGCGCGGGGCCUGGAGGUGGCGGUCAAGCGCAAGGAGUGACCGCGGGGGGGGCGGGGGUUGUACAUAGGCCUGGACCCGGGGACCCCCGCGUGUACAGAGGGGGGGAGGGGCUGGGGGUCCCCCCGCGGAUUUUUGGGGUCCUCCCCGCGCUGAGAGCUUCAAUUCUUCCCUCCCAGUUUAUCUUUUUUUUUUUCUUUCUUUCUUUUUUGAUAUUUUUAUUGGGGUUUGUUUUGUCCCCUGUUUUGUUCCUCCCUCCUCCUCCCCCACCCCAAAAUAUUUUCAGUGUUUGGUUCGUGAAAAUGAAAUUUUUUUGUGGGUUUUUUUUUUUUUCCUCCUCUGUUUUAACCUCCUUUUUUGGCCUUUUUUUUUUUUUUGGCCUUUUUUUUUUUUUGCGGGGCUGAAGGUUUUGUUGGAUCGAUGGAUUUAACCAGAAUUUUGGGUUUUUUGGUUUGUGAGAGAAAUGAAGCCAAAACUGUGGAUUUUUUAUUAAAAGAACAACCCAAACUGUGAAUUUAUUAAUAAGAACCCUUACCAAACCCAUGGGUAUAUUCAAUAUAUUAACCAAACCCGUGGCUGUAUUAAAUAAAUUAACCAAAACCAGGGAUGUGUUUAAAAAUAAAGCAAAAAUAUGGAUUUACUAAAAAAAGAAACCAAAUAAAAUGGAUAUAUGUUAAAAAAUAAUAAAAAUGCAGAUCCAUUUUAUAAAAGAGGUUUAUUAAAGAAACUAAUAUAAUAAUAAAUGAAAUAAAAGCAUUAACAGAGACAAAAUUGGAUCUGUUAAGAAAAUGAACCAAAGAAAAGGGAAUGCAUUAAAAAAUAGAAUAAAAUGGAUUUAUCCAAAGAAAUAAACCAAAAAAUGCAGAUCUAUUGAGCAGUACAAACCAUAAAAUACAGAUCUAUGAAAUAAAAUAAACCAAACCCAUGGAUUUAUUUAAAAAAAUAAACCAAAACCAUGGAGUUAUUAAUAAAAACAAACCAAAAAAUACAACUCUGACCUCUGAAACUGAGAAGUGUCCCCAGAGCUUGGCAAAUUUAAUCCUUGGCACAAGACCUGGAGAUCGAGUGACUCCGGGGAGGACGGAGCGAGCCCGAAGCCACUCCCAAGCUUCUCCUUGCAGCUUUAUUUUCAUUUUUUUGGGCUGUUUUAUGGCUGUUUUUUGUUGUAUUUGUUACAUUCUUUGUAUUAUACAAUUUGAUAAAAGCUCCCAUUUCUGCCUCGUUCAGCCCCAGAAUUACCAAAGGUGCGUCAGGCGUCCGGGAUAAAGUUUUGUUUAUGAGGAUUUUUGGGGAGGUUUAAAUAAAUUAAUUUUUUCUAAAAAAACCCCAGAGAAUAUAAACCUGUUCCCUUUGCAGCACUUUAACGGCGAAUUAACGGGAGAAAAGCCAGGGUGGAAAAUGCAAAUAAAAAACGUUUAUUAACCGCGA